AUGCAGUCUUCUUAUCCAAUGUAUAUUAAGCAGAGCUUGGCUCGAAGAGUCAUUGAAGCCUCAAAACAACCUAUUGAUAGCGAGCAGUGCUGGUCUAUGCUGGAACUGUCCACCAAACUCUUCUUCUUGAGCGAGUCCUGUUUUGCAAGAGAGACAGCCAGAGAAAUCCUGGAAGUCUAUGGCAGGUAUCAUUCCGAGGAAUUUGAAGAAUUUUUCAAUGCCAGAUUUAUUCUGACUUUACUUCAGGAAGGUUAUGGAACACAGGGUAAGAAACAUCCAUAUAUACUGGAUUACAUAAGUCUUGGACUUCCAUUUGUACUGGACAAACCAACCACUGAGGACAUCUUCAGAAUUCUCAGAAUAGAAGUGCUUCGUACUGUAUGUGAAAGACCAAGUCUUGCUAUUUGUGUUAGGAUUAGCAGGCUUUUAACUUCAUACCCUCAGUGUGUUCCCGUGAGAAAACAUCAAGUUCUGUUCUGCCAGCAGCUGAUAAGAUGUAUUGGAAGGUUUCAUUGCACAUCAGAUGGUGAGGAAGGAAUUGUUCACUACUUGGACCAGGUAAACACAGUCACAGGACUACUGCAAAAUAUCUGGAAGAUUCAGCCUACUUUAGUCCUUCCAUCUUUAAAGGAACUGUUUGCCAUUAUUUCAUCAACAGGUAAAUAACUGUCCAACAACAACGUAUAUACUGGUGUUUAAAUGACCUUGCAAGGCAGGUGCUCUGAGCAAUUUCUGCCUCUUGAGUUUAGAUCCAUUGAGCUAAAUAAUCAGGAAGUAAAAUUACUUGUUUUUGAUUGACAGCCAAGUUUAAUUUAUAAAAGUGCCAAUAUCUAUUGAAAUCUGCAGUUUUUGUAAAACGAAAAUGAGUACACACUACUCACACAUAAAGCAUUUCGGCAAGCUAAAGUGAUUUAGAUGAUUGGAGUGUGCCUCUUUGACAGUCUCAGCCAGUCAUAUGGGAAAGCAUUGUGAUGGGCUCAGGACAACACUUCUGAUGAUAUCUGCCAAGCAGGCAGAUCAGGGCAGAGGCAGCAGCUGCAGACUUGAACAAUACUAAGAUUUUACUUUAUUUAGGGGGUAGUGGGGUGGGGGAGUGGCAGAGGGGCUAAAUUGUGGUUUUAACGUAAAAGGGUCAGUAAUACAUUUUUGCUAAUGCUUGAGUUACAUGUAUUUUGCUAAAUAUUGUAAGUGAAUACAUGACAUGAUUAUUUCUGGAUUUUUGUAUCCUGCAAACAAUCAGCUCACUAAUCCCUACCACACCUGUGCAUUCACAGCUAAUAGUACCACUGCUUUUUUACUUUUAGAAGAUUCUGAAGCUCCUUCUAAUUCGCUGGCAAGUGUGGUGCAGUAUAUUCCAUUGGAGCCAAUGGAAGACGUGGUGAGAAAUUUGGCCAAUUCUGACAGUGUAGCAGACUCACAGAUGAUGACAGCUAUCAGCAGGUACAUAUACAUGUUUUUACGGUCUUCAAGUGGUUUGAAAAAAAAACCACUGAGCAUUCCCCUAUCAUCUAAAGCCCACCCCAUCUGAUUGGGCCGAAAAUAUUCGUUCUCAGUAUAACAGGUUUUGGCUUCUCGCUCUAACUCCCUGCAUCAUUCUUGGUGUUAACCUGAUUAGCACCACGGACCCAACAGAGGCUCCCUUAGCUGUGGGUAGUGACCGCAUGUGAAUAAAGAUGGAAUGAUGUCUGUAUUGCCUGUACAUCGCCAACUUUUCUCUCCCCCACUUGUUUCUCCUCCUCUGUCCUCACUCUUGUCUUUCUCCUCAUCUCCCAACACUUCUGUUUUCCCCUCUGCUUGUUCAUCUCUCCCCCUUGUGUUUCCCACCUGUAGACCUGAGAACUUUGGUUGGCAGGUCUGAUUUCAAGAGAUGAAGGUGGUGGGUGGUUAUUUGCAGGGUGUCUGGUACUGGAAUAAGGAUGUGUUUAAACCUUUUAACACUACUACGCUCAGAGUAACCUCAGCUUUUUGAUGUAGUUAUGGAUACAUAAGUGACUGAGUACAAUCUUACCUUCAAAGGUAAAUCCAUUUCCAAAGUUUUAACCCCAAUGUUGGUCCUCUAGCGCCAUCACAAUUUCCUACCUUCCUACCUUCCACUCCAGCAUGCCAGUGUUGCCCUUAUCAGAGGUUAACACCCUCCAGUAUUAUUACCUCUCCAACACAAUUGGCCCUUCUUGGGAAUGCUACCAUGACGCCAACACACUGCCCAUCAUUUUUAUCAUAACCAGAAUUCCUUUACAGUCCCGGCAAGUGCAACUGUACAAGACACAUUUACUACCGGAGUAAUCACAGCAGCUACAGCUCAUGCAAUCUGACACAAUGACUCCAGUGUAUCUAGCCCUUGUUACCUCUGUUUACAGGAUGAUCGAUUGGGUGUCUUGGCCUUUAGUGAAGAACAUUGACAAGUGGAUAAUCGCUUUACUAAAGGGUUUGGCCGCUGUGAAAAAAUUUAGCAUAUUGAUUGAAGUCACCCUUUCCAAAAUACAAAAGGUCAGUUCUGUUCAACAUCUUAUUCUGCUGAGUAUAAUACCUUGUAUGUUGAAUUCAAAAUCACACUCACACUAUUCUCAGUAUUACAAAUGAACGAUAAAAGUGCUCACACUGUGUGCUUUCUAGAAACUCAUCUGUUGCUGAUGCUUAGUGAGGGUUGUAAUUGACCCCAGGAAUUUUAGAAAUGAGGGAUGGAGCUUGAUUGUGGGUAUAGUUGAAGAUGUGGGCUUGUGAUGUGCGCUUGUGAGUUCCAUUACUUGUUAUGAAAUCAGAAUUUGCAUUGAGUAGUAGAUACAUCACUUACGCAUCCAAGGCUUUUCAUGGACUUGCCAAGGCUCGCAACCAAAUCGGUAUUUUCAUCCACUGGUGGAUACACUAAUUAUGCAUCCAAGGCUCUUGCAGUCAAGGCUCUAAAUAGCUGCAUUAAAGCUGUCACUGCAUUAAACUUGCAAGCCAGGUUAUCGUUAGCUGCAUUAAAGGCUUAAAUUCCUAUUCAUACAAUGAUUGAAAUACCUACCUGGAGCUCGCCAGUGCUCGCGGCCACACAACCUGCAUCUGGUCUUGUCCUGCAGGAUCCAUUUUUUUGCUUUACAAGCAUAUCAAUGACACGCAGAACCACACUCAUUGCCAACAAGUGCAGUCCUGCAUUAGCAGUGCUCUCAGCUAACGAGUGCAGCCCUGCAUUAGCAGUGCUCUCAGCUAAGGAGUGCAGUCCUGCAUUAGCAGUGCUCUCAGCUAAGGAGUGCAGUCCUGCAUUAGCAGUGCUCUCAGUUAACCAGUGCAGUCCUGCAUUAGCAGUGCUAUCAGCUAAGGAGUGCAGCCCUGCAUUAGCAGUGCUCUCAGCUAACCAGUGCAGUCCUGCAUUAGCAGUGCUAUCAGCUAAGGAGUGCAGUCCUGCAUUAGCAGUGCUCUCAGUUAACCAGUGCAGUCCUGCAUUAGCAGUGCUCUGAGCUAACCAGUGCAGUCCUGCAUUAGCAGUGCUCUCAGCUAACCAGUGCAGUCCUGCAUUAACAGUGCUCUCAGCUAACCAGUGCAGUCCUGCAUUAGCAGUGCUCUCAGCUAACCAGUGCAGUCCUGCAUUAACAGUGCUCUCAGCUAACGAGUGCAGUCCUGCAUUAGCAGUGCUCUCAGCUGACUAGUGUAGCCCUGCAUUAGCAGUGCUCUCAGCUAACCAGUGCAGUCCUGCAUUAACAGUGCUCUCAGCUAACGAGUGCAGUCCUGCAUUAGCAGUGCUCUCAGCUAAUGAGUGCAGUCCUGCACUAUCUGUGUUUCAUUCUAUACACACACCCAGCUUUUCAUGCAGGCAAAGAUCAGAAUGCGACACAAGUAAGUUGUGAAACCGUAAGUUGUGAAACCGUACUAAUAUGGUUAGUCUAAUUCCUUUUUUGUUAUCAUACAUUAAUGUGAGUCCAUGUCAUUCUUUAACCUUUUCAUGGCAUGCUCAGGUGUGACCUAGUUUUGUUUAAUUUCAUUAUUAGCUUUGUAUAAUGUAAAAUAUUUUAAUGUUGUUGUCUCAUAAUGUACGAAUCCACGUUGACAUGUUUUAUCCAUUUUCCGCCUCAUUAUGUUGUAUUUAAUUUGUCUAUUCUGUUCUUUGACAACACUAAUAAAAAAAUUAUAAUUUACUUUAAAAAAACGGUUUAUCUACUUACCUGCGAUUGCGCCAGGGCUUUACUUCCACUAUAACCACAGGCUGUAGUGGUUAUGGUUCUUAGAGCCAAUCAUUGCAUGAAGUAUGCGUGUUCAGGCUUAGUCCUUUUUACUGGUAGGGUGUGUUUGCAAUGUUGUAAAAUAUAGCAACAAUGUUGGAAAGUAGUCUACUAUCGGUGAUAGUGACAGCGUAUUGCGAUUAUUUAGCAUCAGAAACAAUAGGAAGAUAUUUAAUGGAUUAAUUAAAAUCCUUUAUUGUAAUCUUAACUCAGUUGGUAAAUAACCCAUUCGAAAUGAUUUGAUUUAAUACAAUUGGAGGUAUACUGGAGGAUUUGUAUUCAGCAAUACGGGGGAAUCGGCGGGAACAUUCCAUUGGAUUACAUGGUGAUUGAUUCACAUUCACAAAUGUUACCCCCAAUUACUCUCUGUGCAUGGCAUCCAUUGUGCUUCCUGUAUCUUAAUGUUGGUGAUGUACAUGGCAUUAUUCAUUGUAUGUUGUUUAUGCUCCCAGGUGUUCUCCAAGCUGAUAUAUCCUGUAGUCCGGGAAGGAGCCCUCUCUGUUCUCAGGUAUAUGUUGCUGAGUUUCCAGCAUUCACCCGAAGCAUUUCAUUUGGUAAGGAUUAGUUUGACCUGGAUUUUUGUCCCACCAGACAUUACCCCAACAGUCUUAAUGUAACAUUCCUCCAGGGUGGGGAAGAUAAUAGAUUUUUUUAAAAAAACAUACGCUGCUUCUACCACUUCAAAUCACUGAAGUGGUCUUGGUGGUUGGAGUAACCCUUUAACUUUAAAAUUCACCUUGAAUUCAAUUUGAAUUCUUACUUUAGUCAAUAACUCUUUUUGUGUUAAAUGGUACAUGAAUAUCUAACGAGUUUGCCAAAAGCUGCUUAUUCCUGCCUUUGUCAAUAAUGUAAAACUGAUAAAAAUCUUCUGAUUAUUAACUUUUUUCCACUUUAACUUAAACCACAACGCUCUUUUGCCUCAAGUGAUACACUUCACUCUCUGAAUUUUAUGCCCACAUACACUCAGUGCGUUCUGGGUAUGUGCUGUACCGGUCAGUCUGGUUUGCAUAUCUUGUAUCACAUUUAAAUGGAUAAAGUAGAAUCUAACCAAAGGGGCAACAAACAUUAUAGCAAAUGAACAUUUUGUAGCCAUAUUAGAUGACCAUUGCCCUAUGUGUAUUGUACCUCACUCAUAGGUUCUACAGUUUUCUAUUAUACUCUACAUUGUAUCUACUUCAAGAAGAUAUGUAAUAAAUGGGUUAAUAUUAUUCACAUUAUACUGACCACAUGUACAAUAAAUGGGAGACUGUCUACACAUCAGGCAGGAGAUGUCUGCUUCUCAUGUAUCCACAGGGCCUGUAGACUUGGGUUCGAUAAGCUUUCCUCUUCACACUGUUGGCCUUUUAUGCCGAAUAAUAUAGAAUUUCCUCAUAGGUUCCUAAUGCACCUUUUCUGAUUGGCUGCCUAUUACGUAUUCUUUAAAAUUCUGCGGAUGACAAAUUACCCCCCAAGUAACUAUAGAGAUAUUUAUUGUGCUGUUAGCAAAUGUCUACAUUAAAAUAUAUACUUAGCGAACAUUGCUUUCUCACCCUGUAAUAAGGCAGGCGAAUGCAGCCUUGUCACGUGGUUCCUAUAAUAUCUGGACUAUUUUCUAAAGCAGCACAGACACUUUUUAGUUUUCUUUUAGAAUCAGAAGUUAUACCAUAGACAAAGUAGGGACUAUCUUUUCUCAUGCAAGGGCUGGAUUUUUGUCCAAAUGCGGCAAAUCGAGAGAUUUUAAGUUCUUUUCACAGGAACAUUUUGUCAUUUUUCCAUUUGUAGUGACUAGUGUUUUUUAAUGUAAGUUAGGUAAGUAUAUUUGUCGUUCCCCAUCACACACGGCGGGCCAACUUGGAAACACACAUGUCACCGUGGAAAGGUCUCUGCAAGAAAAGCAAACAUUUUUUUUUUUUCUUUUAAAUGUGAAGACCCCAUAAGUGACAGUGUCAUUUUAAGGAGGUUAAAAAAUAAAUAAAUAAAAAUAUGUAUCUUUCAAUCUAUGCAUUUCCAACAAUUUGAUUAACAAUUUCGAGAUUUAAGAUUUUUAGACAGGUAAUCGUCAGAUCAGGCAGGAUAAUUGGCUUUUUGACUCCUUGUUCCCUUACCGAUCAACUAAAGUGAAUCAAUAAAACAUAUAUUAGAAUAUACAUAGUUAAUGCAUAAAAAGUUAAUUGUACAUGGUUUAUUUUAAAGCCUCUGUUGCUUGUUCUCAGUUUAAAACUACAUUAUAUUAACAUUAUUUUUUUCUAGCAUAAUAGCCACCAUAAUGAACGAUUAUUGUCUGUGUCCUUCCUUAGAUUAUUCCCCACAUACCUCAGCUGAUUCUCUGCCUCGCCAGAGAAAGCUCUAAUUCGGCAAGCAGUUGCCUUGAGCAGUUGGCCGAACUCAUUCACUGCAUGGUCUUCCGUUUCUCCGGAUACCCUGACCUCUACGAGCCUGUGAUGGAGGCAAUAAAGGUGCGAGAGACUUUUGUAGGACUUUGGAGGGGGGAGGGGGUAUGUCUGACCUUAGCCCUCUAAUUGUUGGAUUACAAUUCUCAGAAUUAAUAUCAAGGUCUAGGGCAGAUAUGUGUCAAACAGAAGUCCUACCAGAUGUUACUGCACUAUAACUUCCUUAAUAUACUGUGCCAGCCAUAUUAUUAUGGUGAUUUAUAGCAGUUGUAAUUAAAAAUUACAUAUUGGAAGAAGCAGAGUUAAACACAGUCCAGAGAUCAGUUGUCUUUUUUAAAGUGUUAUAUUAUAAAUGCCGUGUUUUUAAAUCUUUGUUACAGGAGGUCUGUUGCCUUCCCUUUAGCAUUGAAAAUAUUUAAUAUGUUUUAUCAGUGUUAUUGAUCACUUCGUGGGAUUCAAAAAUUUUAGUAACCAGUUCCGACUUUUCAUAGGUUUUCGAUUCCACACAGCCGCAUUAUUGACCAGUUCGGCAAACUUUUAGCAAACUGGUCGAAUCCCAUGACUCGUAUUGAUGUAUGGACAGGUUAACUGUAUACAUUCCAAUUAUUUACCCUUAGCCCUUGGGAAAUAUUGCAGAAUAAGCUUUACAUUGAAAUACAGCCAAAUACUGUGCAGUAUAAAUCAUUGAUUCCUAUACAGGCCGUCUUACUAAACAAUGAGAGCACAUACCAUUAUUUAUCAGAAAGCGAGAAUUAAAGAAAUAAAAAAGCUAAAACAUUACUUAAUGGACAUGUGACUGAAAAUUAGAUUUUCAUUAUUUGACAUUAUUUUAGAGAGAAAUACUGUGUAGUUAGACUGGUUUCCCUGAAAGAGACAUGGAUCACAUAUCAAUAUCCCAUUUAAAGACACAGAAUUUAUUAAUUUGGGGAACAAAUAAAUCAUUUUUUUAACCACUGAAUCAUCAAGCCUGUAUUUUACAUAUCAUGUUAAAUGUUCUGCAUCCGAGCAGAUAAAUCGAUGGUUCCAUUUCAGAUAAAUGGUCACUAAUUGUUAUAUAUUUAUAUCUUGAUAGAAACUCCCCACACCAAAUGAAGACAAAAUAAAACAGUUGCUCGGGCAGAAUGCAUGGACCUCCCAGAAAAAUGAACUGGCUUCCUAUUACCCCAGACUCGCAGCAAAAUCCGACACAGGGAAAAUUGGCCUGAUCAACCUAGGAAAUACAUGUUACAUGAACAGCAUACUGCAAGCCCUGUUCAUGGCAUCAGAGUAAGUGAAAUAUACAAACACACAGAACUGGGUUUUAUAUUAUACACAGAACUGGGUUCACAGUUCGAUAGCAGCAUUAUAAUACUCUGUAAUAUGUUUAGACCUGGAAAAGACAGCCAUUAACCACAUCAGCACCCCAACAUGUACCAUUUAUUAACUACUUCAUAUAUUCCUCUCAAUCAGAAAAUGACUGCAGAACCCUUACAGCCUGUAUCCACUGCCACCAGCACUCUAUCAGUCUGUAUCCCCUGCCACCAGCACUUUAAUAGUCUGUAUCCACUGCCACCAGCACUCUAUCAGUCUGUAUCCACUGCCACCAGCACUCUAACAGUCUGUAAUCACUGCCACCAGCACUCUAUCAGUCUGUAUCUACUGCCACCAGCACUCUGACAGCCUGUAAUCACUGCCACCAGCACUCUAUCAGUCUGUAUCACUGCCACCAGCACUCUAUCAGUCUGUAUCCACUGCCACCAGCACUUUAAUAGUCUGUAUCCACUGCCACCAGCACUCUAUCAGUCUGUAUCCCCUGCCACCAGCACUCCAUCAGUCUGUAUCCACUGCCACCAGCACUCUAUCAGUCUGUAUCCACUGCCACCAGCACUCUAACAGUCUGUAAUCACUGCCACCAGCACUCUAACAGUCUGUAAUCACUGCCACCAGCACUUUAAUAGUCUGUAUCCACUGCCACCAGCACUCUAUCAGUCUGUAUCCCCUGCCACCAGCACUCUAUCAGUCUGUAUCCACUGCCACCAGCACUCUAUCAGUCUGUAUCCACUGCCACCAGCACUCUAACAGUCUGUAAUCACUGCCACCAGCACUCUAUCAGUCUGUAUCCCCUGCCACCAGCACUCUAUCAGUCUGUAUCCACUGCCACCAGCACUCUAUCAGUCUGUAUCACUGCCACCAGCACUCUAACAGUCUGUAAUCACUGCCACCAGCACUUUAAUAGUCUGUAUCCCCUGCCACCAGCACUCUAUCAGUCUGUAUCCCCUGCCACCAGCACUUUAAUAGUCUGUAUCCCCCGCCACCAGCACUCUAUCAGUCUGUAUCCACUGCCACCAGCACUUUAAUAGUCUGUAUCCCCUGCCACCAGCACUCUAUCAGUCUGGUAUUCCCAUUACACAGACUGAUGCUGUUGGAGUAUUUGAUGCAGUACUUGUGCUCUUCUAAUAAAGUUAAAUGCAGCGAGGUGCGUAGAUCCAUAAUUAGACUGCAUGGUCCGGAGGGAGGACGCACAUUCCAUGUUUAUUGAUUAACUUUGCACGGCUCCGGGAUAACAGACUCCUCUAUAUUUACAGCUACUUAACACUUUCACUGCCACUGGGGAGCAAUAUCUACUCAUGUGUUGGUAGAAUGUGCAUUAGUAAGGUUUGUAAUAGGUAGGGUACAUUUUGUUAACCUUGUUAAUAUUUGCCAUAACGUUUGUCUUGCAUUUGCUUUUGUUAAAGAUUUUUUAUUGAGGUUUUUACGUACAAACAGUGCUCUAUAGAAACACAAAUAAACAAACAAUUUAAAGUAAUAGUUACUGAAAGUUCCUUCAUUUCAAAGCAGAGAUGUCCAUAAGGUAGAUCCCUAGUAGUUACAAUUGAGUCUCUUGCUUCCCUUCUUUCCUUGUCUCACCUUCUUGCCCUCUACGACAGUGUUCUGGUUUAUAGUGAGAAACCUCUUGGCAUCUAGUUCCCAUGCACAUUUCCAGUUAGAAUAAUAAAGUCACAUCCACAUGUAGGCAUUGAUUGUCAAUGUAAUGAGUGUGGGGGCGCUGCUCGAUUUGUUUCUUUAACAUUAGUAGAAAAUACAGCAAGUCUGAUGAAGAUGGACUGUCCUUCACCAGAAUGACCGUUCAUGAUCUGCAGAUGGAAUAGCAGUAAAGGGUCAGAUACAAUAUCAUGUCAAUAAGUACCACAGGGCACAUGAAGACAGUCAGGAAUAGACACAUAAGCAGGACAAGUCCAGGCUGGCACUUGGGCAUGGAAUCAGGAAACACCAUAUCAUGCUGUAAUACACAGCCCUGCAAAAUGAAUAUUGGCUGGAACUCUACAAUGGAACCAACCUGAAGCAAAGCUCAGACACAAUAUGGCAAAGAGGGAGCAGAGGACAGUAUUAGGGACCAGGAACUAGACAGAGACAGAACUAGAUGCAAAAACUCCUUUAUUAAUAAAUAACAAAUAAAGAAAUAACCAAAAGCAAAGUCCAGGAGGCAAGCAGGGGUCAGUCACCAGAGCGGGUAGUCAGACGAGCCAGGAUCAGGAGAACGGAGAGCAGCGGAGUCGGGAACAAGGCCAGAGUCAGGAACAAACAGGAACACACAGGAAACACAGGAACAAGGAGACUUCUGGGAAACAGGAAACCACGAAAGGGCAAGGAGGUACUGGGAUUUGCUGCUUAAAUAGGCUGAACUGAUUAGCAGCAGGGUUGAUUACUAUUCUCAGGUGAGUAACCGUGGCAACAUAGUGAAGGAGCUGAUCGUUAAUCUCAGCUGAAAACUCAGACACAGAAAAAGAAGGGGUUGCUGUUUAACCCCUUAAAUCCGGAGGGCGUACAAUUACGCCCUGCAGAAGCUGGCUCUAAACGCUGGCGGGCGUAAUAGUACGCCCUCGCUAUAAUGGCCUCCCACGUGGCCGGCGCUGAUCGCCAGCUGCAGAUCGCGGUCGGGGGGAUGUCUGGCCCCCCAGGCAACGCCCCCUGUGGCCGGUGACCGCGAUCUGCAGCCUCUGAUCGCAGUGACAGGCUGUCACUGCGAUCAGUAUUUACACGUGGCCGGCGGCUUUCCCCUGUGCAGAUCGCAGUCGGAGGACAUACCUGGCCCCCCAGGCAGUCCCCCUGGGGUCAGUGACUGCGAUCUGCACUGUCUGAGAUCGCAGUGACAGGCUGUCACUGCGAUCUCAGAGCGCUCUGAUCGCAGUGACAGUCUGUCACUGCGAUCAGUGUUACAUGUGUCAGCCUAAUGGCUGAUACAUGUAACAAGCGCAAUGAUCCCCCUGCAGAUCGGUAGGGGGAGUGCUUGUACCACCCAGGCACUCCCCCUAUGGUCAAUUACCCAAUCUGCAGGAGGUGAUCACAGUGACAGCCAGUCACUGUGAUCACUGAUCCCGUGUGUCAGCCAGUGAUGUGAAAUCACUGGCUGACACUGUCUCUGCCCCAUCUCCUGUAAUAAAAAUAAAAUAUUAGUUAUAAAAAAAAUUAAUUACAGUUACAAAUAAAAUAUACUUAGAUCAUAUAUAUUAUAUAUAUGAUCUAAGUAUAUAUAUAUAUAUAUAUAUAUAUAUACACACACACAUUUACACAUACACUAAGUAUAUUUUAAUAUUAAUAUAUAUAAUUAUAUAUAUAUAUAUAUAUAUAUUAAUAUCAAAAUACACGUAGAAGGAUAUUGAUUAAAUAUAUAUAUAUAAUUAUAUAUAUAUAAUAAAAAAUAUGUAACUACAUAAAAAAUAAAUAAAUAAUAUAUAUAUAUAUAUAUAUGUGUGUAAUUUCAUUCUAACUGUAUUUUGAUAAUAAAUAUAUAUAUAUAUAUAUAUAUAUAUAUAUAUUGAUAUCAAAAUACACGUAGAAAGAAAUAAUAUAUAUCACUAUAUAUAUACCUAUAUAUAAAUAAAAAUAAUGAAAAAAAAUAUUAUAUAUAUUUGUGUUCAGCAAAGUCUCCUGAGUAUAACAGUACCCCUCAUGUACAGGUUUUAUGGUGUUUUCAAAAGUUACAGAGUCAAAUAUAAGACUUGCGUUUCAGUUUUUUCACAUUGAAAUUCGCCAGAUUGGUUAUGUUGCAUUUGAGACUUUAUGGUAACCCAGGAAUAAGAAUUACCCCCAUGAUGGCAUACCAUUUGCAAAAGUAGACAAUCCAAGGUAUUGCAAAUGUUCAGUCUUUUUUAGUAGCCACUUAGUCACAAACACUGGCCAAAAUUGGCGUUCAAAUGAGUUUUUUGCAUUUUUCACACACAAACAAAUAUUAACAUUAACUUUGGCUGGCCAAUCAGCAUCUCCUCAUAGAGAUGAAUUGAAUCAAUGAAUCUCUAUGAGGAAAGUUCUGUGUCUGCAUGCAGAGGGAGGAGAUACUGACUGUUUGGAUGCAUUUUAGGCAGCCAUGACCCAGGAAGGAUCUCUAACAGCUAUCUGAGGAGUGGCCAGUGAAGUUAUCACUAGGCUGUAAUGUAAACACUGCAUUUUCUCUGAAAAGAGAGUGUUUACAGCAAAAAGCCUGAAGGUAAUGAUUAUUCACCAAAGCUUGAAUUGUGAGAAAUUCAAAGUGAAUUUUAAAUUUGAAGCCAAAAAACUUCUUCAUUUCAGACUGUUUUUUGACAAUUCAUACGGACGGUUCGUACUGUAGUGCCUGACCCUAAAAGGGUGUGAAAUUCUCAGGGUACUUAUAACUCCUAUUAGAGUUCUAUAAUGCUUAGUACACAGAUAAUAGAUUAACGUUGAGUUUCUGUUUGCUAAUGAUUAUAUAUAUUUCAGUUUUAGACACUCCGUGCUCUGUUUGAGAGACAGUAAUUCCCAGCCGCUGAUGAUGAAACUGCAGUAUCUGUUUGCUUUUUUAGAACACAGUCAGGUGAGUAAGCCAAUGCGAGCAUGUUCGAAAAUAUAUAAUGCAAUCCAUUGGGCCUCUUGUAACUAUUUCCAGUUUUUUUUGCUAAACCAUAAAAUGGAUUUGAAUGAAUUUAAGGCCAAAAUAGCUGUGUUGUCGAAUUAAAGUAUUUUGUCCUAAAAUUGCAUCUUACUUCUCAAUUCCCGCCAAAAUUCAGAAUCCAGAGAAUAAUCAUGUUAGUUUAUUAAAACAAUGGUGUUUAUCUUAUUAAAACAACAUUCACCUUCAGUGUUCAGUCCAACAACACAAAUAGACAGACUGAUCGAUGGACGGGCAGACAGACAGAUCAGUCGACGGAUAGGCAGACAGACAGUUCGAUCGAUGGACGGGCAGACAGACAGACAGAUCGACGGAGGGACAGACAGAUUGAACGAUCGACGGAUGGGCAGACAGGUCGAUUGACGGAAGGGCAGACAGAUCGAUCGACGGAUGGGAAGACAGAUAGUUAGAUAGAAAGAUUAGAUACAUAUUGGUAAUUUUCAUGCUACAUUAAAGGGACACUCUAGGCACCAUAACCACUACAGCUCUUGUAGUAGACAAGAAUCAUUUUGGUGCCAAGUUGACAAAAAAUAAACAGGCCUUUCCCAGCAUCCAAAACCUGGCACCUCCAAUGUUUAGUCUCAAACUACUAAAAAGUGGUUUGGCAAUAAGAGGGAGAGGUGCACCCAAAAACUCUUACCAUAACCAUAAUAAUGAGCUGUAGUGGUUAUGGUGCUUAAUGUGUCCCUUUACCCAAGGAAGAGAACAUUCUCUGUACAUAUGAACAUUCCAUAUGUAUUCUACAGAUUGAGAAUUCCCAAGAAUCUGGACUACUCAAGUAAAAUCAUACAUUUUCUUUAUACGGGAAAGUGCUCUGCGGUUUGGGUUGCAAAGCAAUGUUGUAUAACUAAAUAACUAUUCCAAAUUCAGUACCUCCCUCACCUUUCACCUUUUUCCUAUUUCUCCAGCGUCCUGCCAUCUCACCUGAAAGUUUCCUCGCUUCUUCGUGGCCUCCGUGGUUCACUCCAGGAGUUCAGCAAGACUGCUCUGAGUAUUUGAAGUACCUUCUAGAUCAGUAAGAAGAUAAUGCAUGCAUCUUUAAAACUGGCCAGAGAGUUUGAGCCUGGAGUGACAGAAGUAUCAAACAGUCUUCAGUCUUUUAAGUUCACCCAAUAAAUCUAGUGGGAUUCACUGACUACUCAAACAUUCUUAAUACAAGACGCCUUUCAUGUCCUAUACUACAAUGAAUCCAAAGAGUUGGGCAUACAAAGCCCAUACAAAGGGCCUGUGGCUGCUCACUGUUAAAAAAACCCCCAAAAAAACCAAUCAGAGUAAUGUGACAGGUAAAUGUAGAGACUUACCUGUCAGUCUCUUCAUUUACCUGUCAGAGCACUCUGAUUGGAUGGCUUAAACCCACCAAUCAGAGUGCUCUGAGUCUAAUUGCAGGGCGGGGCAAGGCUUUAUAAGCCUUGCCCCGCACUGCAGAACUCAGUCUGCACGGAGCCCUCGCUGGGUGAAGAUGGAUUAUUUUUUUUGGCGCUAAGGUUUUUUUUUUUUUUAAUUCCGUCGGUUAUUAUGGAUUUUUAUUUGGCCUUUUUGGGGCUGAAAAAAAGAAGAUUUUAGAAGAAAGAAAACAUCAAAUGGUAAGUUUAUAUUUAUUUUUACAGGUACUUAGUUAAAGGUCCCCCCCCCCUCAUAUUUUUAGGAUAGGGGGUAGGUAGGGGUUUAUUUUUGGGGGGAGGGGGUGACUAGGGGUUUGGGGACCCCUAGUCACCUGUGAGAAGGGGGGUUAAAUUUGUAUUUAGGGCCCCCACCUGGCGCUCAGGGGUGGGGGCAGGGGGGGAGGACGUUAGGUCCUCCCCAAUUUUAUUUAGGGCCCCCACCCACCGCUCAGGGGUGAGGGCCAGGGGAGAGGACAUUAGGUCCCCCCCUUAUUCUAGUUUAGGGCCCCCACCCACCGCUCAGGGGUGGGGGCCAGGGGGGAGGACAUUAGGUCCCCCCCCUUAUUCUUUUUUAGGGCCCCCACCCACCGCUCAGGGGUAGGGGCCUAGGGGAAGGAAAUUAGGUCCCCCCCUUAUUCUAGUCUAGGGUCCCCACCCACCACUCAGGGGUGGGGGCCAGGGGGAGAACCUUAGGUCCCCCCCAAUUUGUAUUUAGGGCCCCCACCCACUGCUCAGGGGUGGGGGCCAUGGGGGAGGACAUUAGGUCCCCCCUUAUUCUUGUUUAGGGCCCCCACCCAUCGCUCAGGGGUGGGGGCCAAGGGGGAGGACAUUAGGUCCCCCCCCUAUUCUAGUUUAGGGCCCCCACCCACCGCUCAGGGGUGGGAAGGACAAUAGGUAUAUUGCGAUAUAGCAAGUAGGGGCAUAAUUUACUAAUACUAAGUAAUCUUUACUUAGUAUUAGUAAAUUUGGCUGAAAGACCAAUUCAGGUCUUUCAGCCUUUUAGUAAAUAGCUCCCUAAUACUGUGGGAAUUAGGGAGUUAUCUACUUAUUCAUUCCUGUCAUUACAUGACUGGCUAAGUAACUUACAUUUUAUAUGAAUGUGUGUUACUUGAUUGUUGUAAGUGUUGCAAACGCUUACAGCUGAAUCCUGGCUAUGUUUUCACUGGGUAAAUAUAUUAGUACUUAGGCAAUACUGUGCUUCGGAACUUCGGCACGUUGACAUCUCGGAACUUCGGCAACUUUGGAAAUUCGGUAAUUUCGGCACUUCAACAAUGCAGCUAUUCGGACAUUCGGAAGCACCUGAAUGUUCGAAUUACCCGAAAUUCGGCCAAAUUUUAAUUCGGACCGAAACGAAUUGCACAUGUCUAAUUGCUGUCAUCAUCAUACCUUGGAAUAUUAACUUAAUGUUAUAUCAAUCAAAAUAAAAGUGCAAGUUUGGGGUAGAUAGAGUGGCCCAAAAGAACAAAAACUAAAAACAACCACUGGAAAUGACAGUAGGAGGGGAAAAAGAAUGGUUAAAAGAGGGUGAAAAAAGGACAGUGUUAAUUUGACUUGAGAACAUUUUGUGGCCAUGAAUUUUAACUAUUACUUUGCAUCUUUUUUAUGUAAAUUUGCAGGCUUCAUGAAGAAGAGAAAACGGGAAAGAGAAUAUCUCAAAUGCUUGCUCAAGCAAGUGGUGGCAAUCAGUUGAAGACGUCACAGUCAUGCAGCAUGACAUUAAUUGAGCAGAUGUUUGGCGGAAGAAUUCUAACAAGAAUUCGUUGUUUCAAAUGUCAAGGUGUUUCUUCCAGAGAAGAAAAAUUUACCGACUUGUCACUUGCUUUUCCUCCAAAGGAUGGCAGUAUGCCCAAUUUUCAAAAAAACCCACAUACUUCAGUUUUACCAGUUGAAGAAAUAGGACCACAGAAUUCUGAGAUAGCACCUAAAGUCCAAGGUCAUCAGACCACCACAUUUCCAGAAAGUUUGAGAUGGCAUCAGAAAGCAGAGGAGCAUUGUGGGAUGGUAGCACCUAUUGAGUCUUUGGGUUCUCAAGGAAAAAUAAGUCAACAGGAGUCUUUCAUGUCAAUGGCUGAAGACAAAGAUGAAAAUAACUGUUCUGUUUUAGAAAGCAGGAAUGCUUUAACUGUCUUGUCUAGGAAAACAACUACCGGCUUCAAAUCUUCCCUUGCCUUGGCUGAUUUAAUCAACCAUUUCCUUAGUCCAGAGAUGCUUACAUCAGAAAAUAAGUACCGUUGUGAAACAUGUGUCUCCUUACAGGAUGCUGAGAAGGUUGUUGAACUUACCACAAGUCCAAAGUACCUUAUUUUGACUCUGCUCAGGUUUUCUUUUGAUUUGAAGACCAUGAGGAGAAAAAAGAUAUUGGACAAUGUAUCUGUUCCAUUGGUUCUGAAGUUGCCUGUUACUGUGGAAGCCUCUCAGACAGGUGGUGGAACCACAGAAAGAAACACAAGGCGUGGUUUAGCCAAGGAUCAUCAGUCUGUCACCUAUGAUCUAUGCACUGUAAUUGUACAUUCUGGAUUAUCCUCAGAAAGUGGACACUACUAUUGUUAUGCUAGAGACUGUACGGAUAAAGACAGUCAGAGACAGUCAAGUGCUGGUAUUAAACGGUUUACCUCUGACAAACAUAUAGACCUGGAAAUUCAGUGGUACCUCUUCAAUGACACUCGAGUUUCGUUCUCAUCAUUUGAAUCAGCCAGCAACGUAACAUCUUUUUUCCCUAAAGACACAGCGUAUGUACUUUUGUAUAGACAGAGACAUCAGAGAAAUAUGGGUUCUGGUUCCGACUUGGCAAAAGUUGAUGCUAUGUCACACGGAGACAUCUCUCUUAACAAAGAGCUGAUGGAAGCCAUCACCAAAGACAAUAUUAAGUAUUUGCAGGUAUGUUUAAGCAAAAUAUCUUAUUGUUAUACAUUUGCUCAGCUCUUAAUCUCCCCAGGUCUCCUUUCGAAAUCAAUAUUGCAUCCAGUUUUAAUGCACAGUUGAAAAUGUCUACUAAAUAAUAUUCUACCUAAUAAUGUAAUAAAAAAUUCAUCCUUAAAGGACCACUAUAGUGCCAGGAAAACAUACUCGUUUUCCUGGCACUAUAGUGCCCUGAGGGUGCCCCCACCCUUAGGGUCCCCCUCCCGCCGGGCUCUAGGGGGUGGAAGGGGUUAAACUUACCUCUUUCUACAACGCCGGGCGGGGAGCUCUCCUCCUCCUCGGCUGAAUGCGCAUGCGUGGCAAGAGAUGCGCGCGCAUUCAGCCACUCUCAUAGGAAAGCAUUCUCAAUGCUUUCCUAUGGACGCUGGCGUCUUCUCACUGUGAUUUUUACAGUGAGUAGCACGCAAGAGCCUCUAGCAGCUGUCAACGAGACAGCCACUAGAGGCUGGAUUAACCCUAUUAUAAACAUAGCAGUUUCUCUGAAACUGCUAUGUUUAUAGAAAAAAGGGUUAACCCUAGCUGGACCUGGCACCCAGACCACUUCAUUAAGCUGCAGUGGUCUGGGUGCCUAUAGUGGUCCUUUAAGCCAAUAUUAACCAAUUAUCUGUUAAACAACGCAGAGGUGAUUUUGGCCCCCUGUCAGUUCAUUAAAUUGAGCAAUCCCUAUGCAGACUAAAAUAUAAUCCCAAAAUACCAUUCAUACUCAGAAUUGGCAGGCAAUCUGAUACAUGCUGUUGGGAUUACUAAAUAAUUUGAAAGCAGAAUUGACAAGGGUAUUGCAAGUUUUAAACCAAAAUAGCAGAGCUGUAGAAAUAUCUGCCUUGGGGUUUAUUUCCAAUUUGUCUAUAUUAGCUUGUAAUAUAUAAUUCCAAUACAGUUACUUGGAUUCCACCUGCAGGACUCAAUUACAGCUGUCCAGGCAUUUCCCCAUUUUACGUCAUAAUCACUGGGUCUAAUAUGUAUGUGCUGAAGGUUUUACUGAGUGCUCUAUUGUCUUUAAGGUGAUAUAGGGGAAGUGUGAUCUUUUGUUCUCCUUAAAGGGUCAUUAUAGUCACCAGAACAACUACAGCUUAAUGUAGUUGUUGUGGUGUGUAUAGUCUGUCCAUGCAGGCAUUCCGCUCCACUCGGGAGCUGACGUUGGAGGGGGAGGAGAGGUCACCAGCGCCAAGGGAGCCCGGCGCUGGAUAAAGGUAAGUGACUGAAGGGGUCCCAGUGGGAGGGGGACCUUGAGGGUGGGGGGGACCUAAGGGUUAUAUAGUGUCAGGAAAACAAGUUUGUUUUCCUGACACUAUAGUGAUCCUUUAAUGUAAACACUGUCUUUUCAGAGAAAAGGCAGUGUUUACAUUACAGCCUAGGAACACCUCUAGUGGCAUUCACUCAGACGGUCACUAGAGGUGCUUCCUGGGUCAGUGCUGCAUGGAGGCACUGAACGUCCCUUAUAGAUAUGCAUUGAUUAAAUCAUGAGAUGCUGAUUGGUGGAGGACGGAGGUUUGCUGUGCAUGCACAAUAUCCUCCUGAGGCUUUCCGGUGGAGAGCAUUGGAUUGGCGGAGAUUGUCAAUUUUGAUGAUCUUAGCAAGGACGUGGAACGGGGUGGAGCCAGCCAAAACAGACCCAUGCAGUGCCCAUGCAGUGCUAGAAAAAGUUGAGUAAAAUCAGCUUUUACAUUGCUUUAAUGGGGGCCUGUGACCUAAGCAUCGCUUUCACAGCUAUAGUGACAGGAAUACAUGUUUGUUUUUCUGCCACUAUAGUGCUCCUUUAACUUAUUUCUCUCUUGCUAUGGCGCCAUUUUUCCUUUCAGAUCUUCAUAUGGGGCUCUGACUUCUACUGGUCUUCUAAUUCAAUUCUGCAAAAUGUUAACACUAGUGGCAGGAUGAAGUACUGAGUUCCCAUCACGGCAAACAUUUCAAAUGGAUGAAGAGGGACACUCUUAUUUUAGGGGUAUGGCCAGGGACUAGCUGUUCUGAUGUGUUUUACUAAUAAAUGUUUAUGUAACUAAAAUGGAAUUUUGAAUAAGAACAAUUCCUUUUAUUUGCACAGACUAAUUUCUAGACCAGGGGUAGGCAACCUACGGCACUAGUGUCAUGCAUGGCACUCGAGGUGCCUUUGCACGGCACUCAAGGCUGCUAGAGCCAAACAGGCUCUGGCCUAUUAGGAGUCCCAGUAAAACUCCAGAUAUCUGCUAAUACGAAGAGCUGGUGAAGGACAAUCCUCAAUUUAUGCAUUGAGGCACGUAGAGGAAGUGAUCUCAGAGCACUUCAUUCCAGCACUUGUGAAUGGGAAUCCACACAGUACUCGCAGUUGUAGUUGCAGCUCCUGUCCUUGACCUGUACCUGGCCGGCCUGUUGCCCACUGGAACCCAGGGAAGCCACCCACACUGCUAGAUGUACACAGAAAUGUAGAAAGACCCUCCCCUCAUACAAAUAAUACAGACGGCCCACACACAAACAUACACACAAUCUGCACAAACAUACACACAAUCCGCACAAACGCAACACCACUAACAAUCCACAUACAUGCACACAACCCCACAUGCAGCCUCUCACAUGCUAUACCCCAAACAGCCCCCACACAUACACACACUACCAAACACACAAUGUGACAUAUCCAUCCACACACACAAUUCCACAAGCUGCCCCCAUACACAGCCCACAUUCAUAUGUAUCAUACAUGAUACCACAAUCUACUCAUGAACAUAUACAAUAUAAUAGCUCAUAUACGCACAAAUACAAUGAUACAAAGCAAUUACAGUAUAAAUAACACAAGCAGAAUACGGCAGCAUACACACCCCAAUUAAAAAAAUUUAAAAAUAGGAUCGGCACGCUACGGGACAUCACAAUCCUAUAUCGGCAUAGUGCUGCUAAAAGGUUGCCUACCCCUGUUCUAGACACAUUUGUUGUAGUGUUAUGUGAGUCCUUCUCCUGCUUGUUAUGAUCAUCACACUCCAUUACCAGUGCAUAAUACUGAAUAAACUGCAAGUAGGCUUUAAUAAUAAUCAAUUGGGGGGAGGUUGGGGGGGUGAGCUGUAGGGCAUAGGGACUGCAAUUGGGAGGUUAGUGGCUGUAGUAAAGAGUAAGGGGCAUUAGUAGGAGAGGUUAGGGCUGUCGAAAGGAGUAAGGGGCUUUAGUAGCGAUAUUAGGGGCUGAAGAAAGGAGUAAGGGGCUUUAGUAGCGAUAUUAGGGGCUGAAGAAAGGAGUAAAGGGUUUUAGUAGGAGAGGUUAGGGGCUGUAGAAAGGAGUAAGGGGCUUUAGUAGGAGAGGUUAGGGGCUGUAGAAAGAAAUAAGGGGCUUUAGUAGGGGAGGUUUGGGCUGUAUAAAGGAAUAAAGGGCUUUAGUGGGGUGUUAGGGCUGUAGUAAGGAGUAAGGGAAUUUAAUAGGGAAGGUUAGUAGUUCUACUGGGAGAUUUGGGGUGUAUUAGGGCAUUGGGGCUGCAACUGGGGGGGCUGAAGAAAAAAAAAUAGUGUAUUCCUCCCUCCCUGAGGGUCAGAGUCUGUCACGAGGGGGUUGAAACUAGUGCUGCCGAUGCACUUCUAUCUACAAGUGGUGUAGAUAGAAGGGCAGCAGUGAAGCAGGACAAUCUACUCAUGAACAUAUACAAUAUAAUAGCUCAUAUACGCACAAAUACAAUGAUACAAAGCAAUUACAGUAUAAAUAACACAAGCAGAAUACGGCAGCAUACACACCCCAAUUAAAAAAAUAAAAAAAUAGGAUCGGCACGCUACGGGACAUCACAAUCCUAUAUCGGCAUAGUGCUGCUAAAAGGUUGCCUACCCCUGUUCUAGACACAUUUGUUGUAGUGUUAUGUGAGUCCUUCUCCUGCUUGUUAUGAUCAUCACACUCCAUUACCAGUGCAUAAUACUGAAUAAACUGCAAGUAGGCUUUAAUAAUAAUCAAUUGGGGGGAGGUUGGGGGGGUGAGCUGUAGGGCAUAGGGACUGCAAUUGGGAGGUUAGUGGCUGUAGUAAAGAGUAAGGGGCAUUAGUAGGAGAGGUUAGGGCUGUCGAAAGGAGUAAGGGGCUUUAGUAGCGAUAUUAGGGGCUGAAGAAAGGAGUAAGGGGCUUUAGUAGCGAUAUUAGGGGCUGAAGAAAGGAGUAAAGGGUUUUAGUAGGAGAGGUUAGGGGCUGUAGAAAGGAAUAAGAGGCUUUAGUAGGAGAGGUUAGGGCUGUCGAAAGGAGCAAGGGGCAUUAGUAGGAGAAGUUAGGGCUGUCGAAAGGAGUAAGGGGCUUUAGUAGAGGUAUUAGGGGCUGAAGAAAGGAGUAAAGGGCUUUAGUAGGAGAGGUUAGGGGCUGUAGAAAGGAAUAAGGGGCAUUAGUAGGAGAGGUUAGGGCUGUCGAAAGGAGUAAGGGGCUUUAGUAGAGGUAUUAGGGGCUGAAGAAAGGAGUAAAGGGUUUUAGUAGGAGAGGUUAGGGGCUGUAGAAAGGAAUAAGAGGCAUUAGUAGGAGAUGUUAGGGGCUGAAGAAAGGAGUAAGGGGCUUUAGUAGGAGAGGUUAGGGGCUGUAGAAAGGAAUGAGGCAUUAGUAGGAGAGGUUAGGGGCUGAAGAAAGGAGUAAAGGGUUUUAGUAGGAGAGGUUAAGGGCUGUAGAAAGGAAUAAGAGGCAUUAGUAGGAGAGGUUAGGGCUGUCGAAAGGAGUAAGGGGCAUUAGUAGGAGAGGUUAGGUCUGUCGAAAGGAGUAAGGGGCAUUAGUAGAGGUAUUAGGGGCUGAAGAAAGGAGUAAGGGGCUUUAGUAGGAGAGGUUAGGGGCUGUAGAAAGAAAUAAGGGGCUUUAGUAGGGGAGGUUUUGGGCUGUAUAAAGGAAUAAAGGGCUUUAGUGGGGUGUUAGGGCUGUAGUAAGAAGUAAGGGACUUUAAUAGGGAAGGUUAUGGGCUGUAGUAAGGAGUAAGGGGCUUUAGUAGUGAAGUUAGGGGCUCUACUGGGAGAUUAGGGGUGUAUUAGGGCAUUGGGGCUGCAACUGGGGGGCUGAAGAAAAAAAAUAGUGUAUUCCUCCCUCCCUGAGACUUACAUUGGGUCAGAGUCUGUCGCGAGGGGGUUGAAACUAGUGCUGCCGAUGCACUUCUAUCUACAAGUGGUGUAGAUAGAAGGGCAGCAGCAAAGCAGGACAAUCAGAAGCCCUCAUCGCACUGCACUAUUUUCUCAGGGUGGGGAGAGGGGGCAAUUGCCACUGCGAUCACUGUGACAUGCUGCAUAUACAGAGUUUAACUCAUUGGCUGCCGGACUUGUAGCUCCUCCUCUGGCAACGUCAUUUGGGCACCAUUAGCCAGUUUGGAACUGGAGAUGGCUGGGCUGGCUAAUGUCUAUGCACAGAGCUGCAUUUACUGUCUGAGAGCGGUCAGAUAACAAAUCCAUUUUUGCUUUAGAUGUUAAUACUGAUAAAAUUAUUUUUUACAGGAACAGGAGAAAGAUGCCCGUAACACAGCAGCAUACAUUUCUCCGCUUCUCAAGUCUCCUCCAUGGUGGCAUAACAAUGAUAAUGAUAGUGAUGAUGAAGGUUCACCAGGCGGCCUGGGACCAUCUGCAGGAGGUUCUGGAACAUUCCAUGGACUUGUGUUCUAG